AUGACUCGCAUAGCACUGUGGCUGCUGCUGGUUCUCGCCAACGGCCAAUAUGAUUGGCCGCUGGACAGCUGCGCCUGCCACAUCUUCUACGAGCACUGGGUGCGCAUGCAGCUGGUGAUCUCCCAAGUGUUCACGGCAGACUUUGCAGACCAGGCCUUGGCCUCCGCCGCCGUGCGGGAGGCUCUGGCCUUCGACUCCUGCCGGGACCUGCGGAAGGUGGAGAACUCGCUGGCCUGGACGGUGUCCACGGCCGCGCAGACCGACUGCGCGCCGGGGCAGAUGAGUAGCUUCAUCAUGUGCUCACAGUCAGCAUUGCUGAAGGGCGACUUGGAGUCGGCUCGCCUCUACUCAGAGAUCGCCAACUAUCAGCUGCCUUUUGCUGCCAAUUGCAUGGAUGCGGCCCAAUGGACCUUCCGACCGGAGGACGUGCAGCGGAACCACCGAACCCUGAUGCGCUUCGCCCUGCAGCGGGAGCUGGCGGGGCAGGAGGGGCCUCUGACGCCGGAGGAGGUCCGAGGGCUCCUGUGGCGCUUCGAUUGA